AUGGAAUUUUCAAUGAUUUAUGGAAUAAAUUUAUGGAAUUGUCAUCAAAUUCCUGUUUUAGCAAGAGUUUUUGAUGGUAAAAUGAAAAUACUUCAAGAUAAUGAGCUUGGUAAAAUAAAAGGAUCUGCAGCUUUAACUCGACAAAAUAUUGCAGAUAUUUUAUCAAAUUCUGCAACUUCAAUAUCAACUCCAGAUACUCUUAUUAAAAGAGAAGAAAUUGAUUUUCAACAAUCAACGAGGAAUAAUAGGUGGUGUAGCAUAAAAGAUGCGGAAUCAGAUUUUUAUUUACAGACCAAUCCAAAAUGGAAGGAAACUGGAAUCUGA